AUGCACAGCGGCGGCGGCGAGAAGCGAAAGACGGGGCGGCGCGUGCGGCGGCCAUCCGGUGGCGCCACGAACCUCCACACGCGCGACCGGUGGAAAUACCUCUCGACCAAGGACGAGCUGCCAGUCGCGCCGCAGUUGGUGCACGGCAAGGACGCCCGCGCCAAGGCCGCCAACGACGCCAAGGCGGCGCUCGCUGCGAAGCGGUCUGCGGUCGUCGCCACCGACAUUGACGGCGACGGCAUCAUUGACGUCCGCGAGAUGCGCAUGGCCAAGUACCUCCACGAGAUCACAUCGACUCUGGAGCACACCGGAGAGGCGCCAACCGAGGCGGAGCGCAAUGCGAUGCGUGUCGCCGUCGGCAAAUAUACGAUCGCGCACGAGUUCAUCGACCGCAACAACGGCAAGCUUUGGCGCUACGGCACGGUCUUUGCCGGCAAGUCGAACGACGAGGCGGUCCGGUGCAUUGCCGAGCACAAGAACUUUGCCAAGCUCAUGCCGUACCUCGAGACAGUCGAGCGCCAGCGCACGAUCCGGUCGUCGCAGCACCUCCGGUCGUGCCUCGGCGAGCCGUCGGCGCUCGAAGCCGCGCUACCGCGUCACAGUAGCAAUAGCAACGACGACGACGACGACAACGGACCACAGACGUGGGUCUAUACGCAGCGCAAACUGCGGACGCCGACGCAGCUCCAAGCACGCGCCGCGCUCCAAGCCGGCUCGUCCAACCUUGGACGAAGUGCCGUGGUUACCAACGACUAUGGCGCAAUUGAUAUUGAUGGUGACGGCGUCAUCGACGACUACGAGAUGCAACUCCACGUGCAACUCAAGCAGUCGACGCUCCAUGACCUGGCAGCCUCGGAUCUGAACGGCGACGGCGUCAUUGAUGCCGGUGAGCGCGUCGCGAUGCAGGCCAAGCUUCAAGCCGAAGGCCGACUGCUCAUGGCACGCGAGUUUGUCGGGCGCAAUGCGGGCGACAUGUGGAAAUUCAACGGCGCGUACAAGGGCAAGUCGGACGACCAGAUUGCCCACUUGCUCGCCAACGACAAGGGUCUGUUUAGCAAAACCAUGAACAAAUUGCGCGCAAAGGAGCGGCUCUUCGACCUCAAGUCGUCCAAAGGCGUCACCGCGUGCCUCGUCGACCCGAAAGAAGUCGCGUUCCGGGUUGACCCGGCCAACGUGCGCACGCCGCGCCACGUCAAGUCCAAGAACGAGCUCUUGGAGGCGCAGCGCCAGUAUAGCAAGAUGCUCAACAGCCACGAGACAAGUGCCACGAAAAGCGCUGUAUUUGUCAAGCCCCUCCCGCUCGACUCGCUCCAGAAGCACGUGCUCGCGCACCAAAAGUCCAAGCAAGACAAGCACCAGCUGCUGCGGGCCGAGAGCUGCCCGACGAUCGGACUCCCGCAGUUGUUUGCGUCGCCCGUGAAGCUCCCGACCGUCAAGGAUUUUCGGAUAACCAAGUGGAAGUCUGGCGCGACCGAUCCGCCGAUCUAUUGA